AUGGACCGAGCUUGUUUCGUCUUCCUCCUCUCUGUGACACUGCUUCUAGCACGAUGCUACAUGGCUAGCUCAGGUAAUGCAGUAUUUCCCAACAUUACCACCGAUCAAUCCGCUCUUCUAGCCUUAAAAGCUCAUAUUUCUCAUGAUCCUCACAAUGUUUUGACAAAAAAUUGGUCGACCAGCUUUUCCGUUUGCAGCUGGGUUGGUGUCAUUUGUGGUACCAAGCAUUACCGAGUCACUGCGUUGGACCUUUCUUACUUGGGCCUUGAAGGCACUAUUCCUCCGCAUGUUGGAAACCUUUCUUUUCUUGUUAGACUAAGCAUCACAAACAAUAGUUUUCAUGGGUCUUUGCCCAACGAGUUGGCUCAUCUCUUCCGACUGAAACUCUUAGACUUUCGAUUCAAUAACUUCAGUGAAGAAAUCCCAUCGUGGAUGGGGUUGUUGUUCAAACUUCAAUAUUUGUUUCUAAAUCAUAAUACUUUCACAGGCCCCAUCCCACCUUCUUUAUCUAAUGCAUCUUCAUUGCGAAUUGUUGAUCUUGGUUAUAACCAGCUUUCGGGCUCCAUACCUUCUUCUGUCUUCAGCAUAUCCACCUUGCAAAGAAUUUAUCUUGGAAAUAACAUGCUAUCAGGUCCAAUGCCCUCUGUCAUCUUCAACAUGUCUUCACUCCAAGUCAUUGACCUCCAAGCAAAUAAGUUGUCCAGUGAACUCUCAUCAGAUGUGUUUGAUAAUCUUCCCAAUUUGCAGAGCCUUCAAUUGUCCUCUAAUCAGUUUUAUGGCGAACUCCCAUCCACUUUAUUUAAGUGCAAACACUUGCAAUAUUUAUUGUUGCGGGAAAAUAAUUUCACAGGAAGAGUGCCACAAAAAAUUGGAAACUUAACCAUGCUUAUGGAGUUAGACCUUAAAGACAACAGCCUUGAAGGAAGAUUACCUUCGGAGAUUUGGAACUUAACCACACUUAGGGAGCUUAAACUUGGCCAUAACCAUUUUGAAGGUGCAAUACCGAGUGAAGUUGGUAAUCUACAAAAGCUACAGUUCUUCGGAAUCAGUAGCAACAACUUUGUUGGCUUAAUUCCAUUUGAGAUUUUCAAUAUCUCAACAAUACAAGUCAUAGAAAUGACUUCUAAUUACAACCUUCAAGGGCAACUUCCAUCAAAUAUGGGUCUCUUCCUUCCAAAUCUUCAGUUGCUUUUGCUUGGAGAAAACAAUCUAAGUGGAACAAUUCCUAGCUCUAUCUCCAAUGCUUCACAGCUUCGAGGCCUAGAGCUAGCCUAUAACUCAUUCUCGGGGUUAAUUCCUAUGACAUUUGGUAACUUAAGGCUACUCGAAUAUCUCAACAUAGGAUUCAAUAAUUUGACUGUGGAAUCUUCUGGUUUGAGCUUUUUCUCAACUUUGUCGAAUUGCAUAUAUCUCAGUGAAUUAGGUUUGGCAGUAAAUCCACUGAACAACAUCCUAGACAGUUCCAUUGGGAAUCUCUCUACUCUUAUGCAUCUUUCAUUGGCUAGUUGCAAUAUCAAAGGUAGCAUUCCAAGAGAUAUUGGCAAUUUAAGAAAUUUGAUAAGGUUGAGCUUAUCAAAUAAUGAAUUGGCUGGACCGAUUCCAACUACAGUGGAAAGGUUGCACAUGCUCCAAGGCCUUUUCCUUCAUAGAUUCAACAAAUUAACUUCAAUUCCUUCGAGCUUGUGGAGCCUUACUUAUCUAUUGGAGGUCAACUUGUCAUCCAACUCUUUAACUGGCUCUCUCCCAUUAGAGAUUGGAAAUAUGAAGGUCCUGCGGCUAUUAGAGUUAUCAAGAAAUCAAUUUUCUGGUGAUAUCCCAAUAACAAUUGGCGGCCUCACAGAUCUAGUGCAGCUCUCUUUGGCAAAUAAUCGACUAGACGGCUCAAUUCCUGAAUCAUUUGGUAAACUGAUAAGCUUGGAGUCUUUGGAUCUUUGCAAUAACAACUUAUCUGGAGAGAUUCCUAAGUCCUUAGAAGCACUCCUAUACCUCAAAUAUCUAAAUAUGUCUUUUAAUAGACUGAGAGGACAAAUUCCGACAGGUGGAGCAUUUGUAAACUUCUCGGCUACAUCAUUUAUGUCAAAUGAUGCACUUUGUGGUGUUCCUCGACUCCAAGUUCUUCCAUGUAAAGAAGGUCUUCCUCGAAGAAAAAAGACCAAAACACCACGUAUGCUAAAGUAUUUACUACCAUCAAUUGGUUUAACAAUACUUGUGGUGAUCCUUGUAUUAGUUUGGACGAGACGCCAAAAAAGGAAUGCUAAAGUUUUAAUUGAGGCAGACUUGUCACCUCUACCAGCAUGGAGAAGAAUUUCCAAACAUGAACUUUUACAAGCAACUGAAGGUUUUAGUGCAAAUAAGUUACUUGGUAAAGGGAGUUUUGGAUCAGUAUACCAAGGAACACUCUCAGAUGGGAUGGUUGUUGCAAUAAAAGUUUUCAACAUGCAAGUAGAAGGGGCAUUCAAGAGUUUUGAUGCAGAGUGUGAGGUACUCCGUAAUAUUCGCCAUCGAAAUCUUAUUAAAAUCAUCAGCACUUGCAGUAACAUGGACUUUAGAGCCUUCAUAUUGGAAUACAUGCCUAAUGGAAGCCUAGAAAAGUGGUUGUAUUCUCAAAACCACUCUUUGAAUAUCUUACAAAGGCUAAAUAUUAUCAUUGAUGUUGCAUCAGCACUUGAUUACCUUCAUUAUGGUUAUUCAACAUCUAUUGUUCACUGUGAUUUGAAGCCAAGCAAUGUCUUAUUAGAUGAAGAUAUGAUUGCACAUGUCGCUGAUUUUGGCAUAGCCAAACUCAUAGGUGAUGAGGAUUCCAUGAUGCGGACAAUGACCCUCGCUACUAUUGGGUAUAUGGCACCAGAGUAUGGAUCGGAAGGAAUAGUUUCUACAAAAGGCGAUGUGUAUAGUUAUGGCAUCUUACUGAUGGAAACUUUCACAAGAAAAAAGCCUACGGAUGACAUGUUUAACGGAGAAAUGAGCUUGAAGCGUUGGAUAGAUGAAUCACUAACCCUUUCAGUAGUUGAUGUUAUUGAUGUCAACUUGCUGAGAAACGAAAGAAAUUAUAGUGCUGUGGAGGACUGUAUAUCAUCCAUUAUGGAAUUGGCUUUGGGUUGCUGUGCAGAGUCACCGGAAGAAAGAGUUAAUACAAAAGAUAUUGCAGCCACACUCAACAAGAUCAAAUUCAAGUUUCUGCAAGAUAUUGGAGGAGGCUAA